AUGCCUCACAUAAAAAUUGUGUAUCUAGCCUUUGCGCUUUCCAUAUAUAGUCUAGUGAAGCAAACUGAGCUUAACACCAAUUGUUUAGUAGUAGCAUGCUUUAGUAAUGAUUAUGUGUGUUCCUUUGGUGCACCACGAAUAUUCAAAACAGUUGUCACACCUCUGGGUCCCAUAAGAGGUCGACAACUUAAUACCACAACUGGCAACCCUGUUUAUACCUUCAAAGGAAUUCCAUAUGCUGAACCACCAGUCGGAUCACUGCGUUUUCAGCCACCAGUGCCUGUGUCUUCUUGGACUGAAGAAAAAGAUGCUUUGAUAACACCAAACAGAUGCAUACAGAUGGAUGGUUGGGGAAACAUAAAGGGAGAUGAAGACUGUCUGUACCUGAAUGUCUUUAGUCCAGAGUUACCAUCAGAUACAAGUGUUCCAAGACCAGUAUUGGUGCUGAUACAUGUUGGCUGCUUCAGAACUGGUUAUGCUCAGCAGCGUUCAUUAGAUUAUUAUAUUGAUCAUGGAAUAGUGGUUGUAACCAUUCAGUACCGUCUUGGAGCCUUAGGGUUCAUGAGUACAGGUGACUCACUUCUUCCUGGAAAUCUUGGAAUGAAAGAUCAAGUCCUUGCACUGAAGUGGAUAAAACAAAACAUUAAGGCAUUUGGUGGCAAUCCAGAUGAAGUUACUAUUGCUGGUCAAAGUUCAGGAGGAUCUGCUGUACAUUACCACUUGCUGUCACCAUUAUCAAAAGAUCCUAAGAAAACUAAUGUAUUCAAACUGUUUACUCAAAAAAGUCAUACAAAUAGUGGAAGACAAAAAGUAUUAAGAUUACAAUGCUUACUUGAAAAGCUAAGGUGUCCAAUGAUAUGUCUAUCCAUGCCAGAGCAUCACUCUACCUUAUUGCUUCUCACUGUUGAGAUUGUCGAAUUAUAUGACUUCUACUUUGUUUAG